AUGCAGUCCGUACGCGCGGGUCUUACGCGCGCGGUGCGCAGCGCUCCACAGGGCAUCACCCGCUCUGCGGCAGCACCGUAUGCCACCAUCUCCCCAAAGGAGGCCGCUGGCAACCCCACAGGCUACGAAAAGACUGGCCUCAACCUCAGGCUUACAAAGGAGACCAAGGUCUUGUUCCAGGGCUUCACUGGCAAGCAGGGGACUUUCCACGCGACGCAGGCCAUUGAGUACGGUACCAACGUCGUGGGUGGUACCAACCCAAAGAAAGCUGGCACAGAGCAUCUGGGAAGGCCAGUGUUUGCAAACGUCGAGGAAGCUAGGAAAGCGACUGGCGCCGAUGCCUCUGCCAUCUUCGUCCCACCGCCGCUCGCUGCCGCUGGUAUCGAGGAGGCUUUGAAGGCUGAGAURCCACUUGUCGUCUGCAUCACAGAGGGCAUCCCGCAGCAUGACAUGGUUCGCAUCACGGACAUGCUCAAGACGCAGGACAAGACCAGACUGGUCGGACCCAACUGCCCUGGAAUCAUCGCUCCUGGGCAAUGCAAAAUUGGCAUCAUGCCAGGUUUCAUCCACAAGCGUGGCCGGAUCGGCAUUGUCUCUCGCUCCGGUACCCUCACAUACGAAGCCGUAAACCAGACCACACAAACUGGCCUUGGCCAGUCACUCGUCAUUGGUAUUGGUGGUGACCCCUUCUCUGGCACCAACUUCAUUGACUGCCUUCGCGUCUUCCUUGCGGAUGGCGAGACUGAUGGUAUCAUCAUGAUUGGAGAGAUCGGUGGCUCAGCAGAAGAGGAGGCCGCAGACUUCCUCAAGCAAUACAACAACGGCGGCAAGGACGGUAAGGGUAAGCCAGUGGUCAGCUUCAUUGCUGGUAUCUCUGCGCCCCCAGGUCGGAGAAUGGGUCACGCCGGUGCCAUUGUCUCAGGAGGCAAGGGUGACGCCAACAGCAAAAUCAAGGCAUUGGAGGCUGCUGGUGUUGUUGUUGAGAGGAGCCCGGCAAGCUUGGGCAAGACGUUGAGGGAACAGUUCAUCCAGCGCGAUCUUCUAUAA